AAUUCAGUGAUGGUCCGCAGGCCUUUCCCUCUGUCUCAUGGAACAACAACUUUGGGUUUCAUCUUCCAAGGCGGUGUCAUUGCGGCUGCAGACACACGGGCCAGUGCCGGGGGACUUGUUGCCUGCCCAGCCGUUCACAAGAUCACGCCGAUCCAUUCGCAUUUAGUGGUCACCUCCUCUGGGAGCGGUGCAGACUGCAUGCUGUGGGAACGAAUUCUAGCCAGAGAGAUCAGACUCUACCAACUGAGGCACAGACAUCGUCUUUCGAUACGUGGCACCGCCAAGCUCCUGUCAUUCAUGCUGCACCCCUUUAAAGGGACUGAAUUGUGUGUUGCUCUUACACUGUGUGGCUGGGAUGAGGAGACCGGUAACGCCAAAUGUGCAGUAAGUGGCCCGAGGCUGAUAUAUGUGUGCAGCGAUGGAGCUCGGCUGCAGGGGGACGUCUUCUCUGUGGGCUCGGGAUCUCCUUACGCUUAUGGAGUCCUGGACGGAGGACUAAGGUGGAGCCUGAGUAAAGAAGAGGCUGUCUCCUUGGCAAGAGAAGCAGUGUUCAGAGCCACUCACAGGGACGCCUACUCGGGAAACAAUGUAGACCUCUUCCACAUCACAGCCCUAGGUUGGAGCCAAAGAAAGAGAGAGGACCUGAGAGAGGAAUAUACAGAGACAUGGAGAGAAGGGAGAAAAUUGCAGAGAUAAGAAAGAGAAGGACUGCAUUAGAGGAUUCGGGAUGAAGUAGAACAAUGUUGGUUCAGGUGGUGGCCAGGGGGUAUAGUUUAGAAAGUUUAGAACCUCCCUUAGAAUUCAUCCACUUUUGUCAGAUAGCUAGAAUACAUUUUUACUGUAUCUUCAAGCUUUUCUUCUUCUAAAAUCUUCUAAAAUCUCAGCUUUUCAUCCAUCCUUUCAUCGCAGCAGCACAUUUGCUGUCCGCCUCAA